GAGUUGACUAAAAUAAUUUUUCAUGUGUGCAUUCGAGGAGCAGACAGCGGAGAGGAAUGGAGGAGGAUGAAGUAGACAGACUGAGGCUCCCUCAGGCACGCAAAGAGGCGAAAACACGAGGGAUAGAUAUAUCGAAUUUGAAAAACAUAGGCGAAAUCCGCUGUACCCUGAAACGCCAUUCGUUGAUUGAUAGAAAAACUCGCGACAAUGUAAUCAAAAGCCUGUCAUCUGAUGCUGAAAAUGACAGCAUCCUUCGAAAGAGACUAGGAAGCAUAUAUACCGCCACCCUGCAGGCUUUUCGUGAUUUAGAACAGAGUGGUGACACCAUUCUGGAUCAUCUGGAGCAGUGCUUUCCUGGCCUUCUAACAAGACUUGAGAAUGAGGAAUCCAAGUUAAUGAACAACAAUGUUAAAUGCCCAAUCAUGGUAUUAGGUGAGACUGGAUCAGGAAAGUCUUCAUUUAUCAACUUAAUCUUGGGCUGUGAGCUGCUGCCCCACUCUCUGCUAAGUAACACCAACACCAUCUGUGAAAUACAAUACGGUGAAGAUUACAGAGCCUCUUUUCAUUACAUUGAUAAUGCCGAGUCCAAGGAAGACGUUCGUUAUGAAACUUUCCAAGAUAUGCAGUCAUCACUUUGUGACAAAAUACAGAAAAAGGGAGAGCAAAAGUCUCUCUAUAAAAGGGUGGAAAUUUUUCUACCAAGUGACAUUUUGAAGAGUGGACUGUUGAUAGUGGACAGUCCAGGGAUUGCUGACACGGGUGAAAUGACCGACAUUGUACUUGACUAUCUCAUCAAAGCCUGUGCUUUCAUUUAUAUUAUCAACAGUGAAAAUGCAGGAGGUGUGGCCCCAGACAGGCUACAGUAUCUACUGAAGAAAGUAGUGGAAAAGGCAUUUCAUGAUGAGCAGGACUAUAGAUCAACGUGUGCCGUCUUUAUCUGUAACAAAUGGGACCAAGUUCCUUUUGAAGAGAGAGACAAGGUUUUCAAGGACACAGUCAGAAAGCUGUGUACAGAAUCCACCGGUUGGCCUGACUGUAAGGAGAACCAGAUAUUCAAAUUGUCCAGCAGAGAGGCUAUGUUCAUCCAGGACACCCCAGAAAAGUUCAUUGUUGGUCGUUUUGCUGCAGUUUUACACAAAAUUCACUCUCUCAUUCCAGAGAGCAGAAACACACUUCUGCUGAACGAUGCAAGGUUGUUGCAGCUGAUUUUGGAUAAGGCAGCUUUGUGUAUAGAGAGCAGUCUCUCUGAUGUCCAUUUAACUCCAGAGGAGAGGAUGAUCAAGAACAAAGAAACAGUGGAGGAUCUAAUGAAGCUGAAAAAAGAUGUCAACGAAUUCUUUGAAGUAGAAAGGAGGAAUUUUAAUGAGGGAUUAGAAGAAAUCAUCACACAGCUAAGAAAUCACUUACGUAGUAAGGAAAUGACUCAGAAACUGUGUGAUUUUACUCAGACCAUGAAUACCACUGAUAUUCAAUGGAAAGAAGCAACAAUCAAAUUGAGAAUCCAGCUGUAUGACAAGAUAACAGAGGAAAUUCAAAAGUGGGAAACUGAAAACAAAAAAAUGGAAGAACUUGGUGCUUGCAUGGCUAAGAACUUUCAGGAGAAGUUUCCAGACUUUGACUCCAAGUUGUUCAAUUUACAAAAGAGGUACAUUCAGGGCAGUAAUUCAGAGAAUAUAUUAGUUGAAAAUGUUGAGCCAUUUGUACCCAUUGUGAUUGCUGAAAAAUUUGACAACAUCAACUUAGGGUUAAAGGUUUUAGUGGGAAUUUCCUUUUCUCCUGUUUUGUUGAUUGGGGCCCUCGUACGCUUACCAGUAUGGGGAUUAAAGGAAUUAGCCAGGAAGGUUAAAGGUCAAAUGUUGGAAACAGAGUAUGCCAAGGAUCCUCGGAACUCCCUCAGGAAGUAUGCAGAGGGAAUUCUGAAAUCAGCGAGUGACCCCAUGCAAAUGAAACCAAUUAUGGAGAAGGAGGUUUCUCAUUUGUUCACAUAUUUGGAAAACCAGAGGAGGAAAGUUCUCCAACAGAUUGAGGCAGAACUAACUCUUCUGGACAAGAGAAGAGAGGAAAAAGAGACCAAGGAAUUUAUAGUAAAGAACUGCUCUAGUCAAAAAGUCAGGUUUGAAAGACUUAGGCGAAGGUUGGCCUAUUUCUAUAAAAUUGAGUUAACUCCCACCUCAUAUUGGUCAUUUGCUGAUUUUGAAGAAGAUGGACUUUUAUAUCGAGGUUUGUUUGGAGAGGUUCACAAAGCAUCGUCUAAAGCAAGCAAUAAAACUUGUGGCCAUUCUAAUGUAGUUGUUGUAAAGAAUUGGCUUAGCAUCGAUGAAGUGAACAUUAUGGAGCAUAUGAGGGUGGAAGAAGCAUACAGGUCAAAAAGAUUUGUGUAUAACAUGUCACUUAUUUCAAUGAUUUUGAGAAGCUCUCCAGAACACCAUUUUAUCUGGCCUGUCCUGUUUCCUGUUAAAUGCAGUUUGAGAGCUUUCAUGGAGUCGACGACUAUUGAGCCUGACGAUAAGAUACAGACCCUGUAUUCGAACCUAGAGCAGGUUAUUAGUGGACUAGACUUCCUGCACACAAAGAGACUGGUCCAUAUAGACGUGUCUCAGGAUUCUGUUAUGGUUGAUGAAAAUGAUAGAGUCAAACUGGUCCACAUUCGAUAUCCCCAGAAGCUAAACUCGCACUAUUUCCCAGAGACUUCAACAGAAUUAGCGCAAUAUGUUUACCUGCAUAGAAACAUUUUGUCAUUACCUGCCCAGACAGAAUACACUUUUGAGCAUGACAUGUAUGGAGUUGGCCUAAUGAUGUGGGAAGUAUGGAAAUGCCAGAGACCAUUUCGGGAUAUAAUCGAGGGACCAGAACCCAAGACACUUCAACAAUUCAUCAGAUUUUUGUCUGAUGAAAAAAAUCUGCUACGCCUGGAUUUUGAAGAUGGAGUGGGGAUUCCCCAGGUGAAUUCUUGGAACGAUGGCAUUCAGAAGUGCCAGAAUUUGUCCAUCACUGCAGCAGAACUGCUGAAUUUGUUAUCUACCUGCAAAAAUAAAACAAAUGACUUUAAAUAUGCUCAAGUACAUGUUCCUAAUCAACAUUCAUCAUAGAAACUACUCCCUUUCAAUGCCAACUGACCCCUCAAAAAGGUAACCCAAUAAAUGAAUGUGAUACUGGUCAGUGUCCAGCGUGGCCUUUGUUUUAUUGUUUACUCUGAUGUUAUAUUGUUACUCAAACUUUACAUUAUGACAUUUUGAAACCAUAAUAUUAUGUUGUACGAUAUAUAUAUAUAUAUAUGUAUAUAUAUACGGUGCUCCCUUGAUAUAUUGCCCCCAUUAUAUUAUGUUGUAGGAUAUGUAUAUAUAUAUACACAGUGCUCCCUCGAUAUAUUGUCCCCAUUAUGAUGCCACCUACGCUUAUUGCCUAAAAAUUCUAAAGAAUGGAUUUCCCCCUUUUGUUAACACCCCCAUUGUAAUGCCAACCCCGCAUAGUGCCAUAUGCCACUGAUUUUCACAAACAAAUGGUAAAAUUUUACAGGGUUUACCCUCGAUAUUAACACCCAUUGGUAAUCACACCUGUAUUUCAAAGUGUGGUGUGCAGAAGUGUGACAGACUGGAUAAGGUAUUCAGAAUAAAACUAAGAUUAUCUGAAUAAUGUUUCGAUAUACAUAAUGUAGCCCAAAUAGAUUACAUAACUAUUUCUUUUGACUAUACUCGGUGAAUUGUCAGUACCAGUGAAUUUGUUAUACUGCCACCCCCACCCCCCACCCCCACGUUAUUGCCCACAUUCAUUUUGAACAUAUAUAUAUAUAUAUUAUAUUUGAUUUGGGCUCAAUAAAGGGUACUAAGAUACACAUUUGUGAACAAAGUGACAUUCUCAUAGAAUCCUAUAAAUAUACAUGUAUUGUACAAUUCUUCAAAAAUAAAUUCAAACCAGGUCCACAGGGCUUUUAAACAGUUGGGGUGUAAAUAUGAGGAAAAUCUUUUAAGACUACAAUACAUGUGAAAACAAAAUGAAAGUAUUGUCAUAUAAUGUAGAUCAUAUAUUUGGGACUAAUUAGAGCUCCAAAGCAUACAGGAGUCAUAUCUCUAAAGGUGCAAGAGAACUCGGGUGGACACUGCCACCCAUGGGCCUCUUUGUGUCAGCAUAAAUUCUGUGAUACUCAUAUUUGUUCUGCAGCAAUUAAAAAGUAAAAUUUACAAUUAAGAUUGAUUUUAUGCAAUAGGUAUUUUAUAUAUUGUAUACAUAUUGUAUUUACUUUUAAUAGAGAUAUUUUGUAUUAAAUAUUUAUGUACAGUGAAA